AUGCCUCGCGCUGCACGUCGCCGAACUGCUCCCAACGCGUCCGCCAAGCGCCAAAAGAAUCGGCGAGCCGACGCCUCUCCCGACGCACAAAGGCCGGGGAAAAGGCAAAAAACUGCGGCGAGUUUGCCACAAGAAGACGACACUCUCAAAUCUACGCCGAAAAGGAGCAAAUACUUCCUGCCUGCAGAUGCUGAGAGCUCCGAGGCAGAGUAUUGCCCAACGCCCAUAUCUUCCCCGCCUCUUAGCCCCGAUUCUACGAAUGCGGACCCCUGGGUCCCCGAUACAGACGAGGAGAGUGAUGACAACGGUCGAAAACGUAGCGGAGCAGCUAGGAAAGGGAAGCAGAAGAGCAAGAGGAGAUCGCAGGGCAAAGGCGGCAGGGAGCCGGAGCAGACUCGAGCUUCAAAAUUAACAGACCUAUGGAGAGAGGGUGUGCGGACGGGCCUGGGCCCAGGCAAAGAAGUCUAUAUAGAACUUCCUCAGGCCCGAGAUCCGGGAAGCACGCCAUAUGAGGACCACACGAUUCAUCCGAAUACAUUGCUGUUCCUGGAAGAUUUGAAAGCGAACAAUGACAGGGACUGGCUGAAGAAGCAUGAUUCGGAUUAUCGCACGUCACAGAAGGAUUGGGAGGCAUUCGUGGAGAAAUUGACCGAGAAAAUUAUUGAAAAGGAUAGUACUAUUCCUGAACUACCGGUGAAGGACGUGCCACACUUCUCAGCGGCAUGUGAUAUGGCAAUCUCACAUCCACAAAGGAGCACUGUCAACAAAUUCAGGCAUCGACGAGACGAGACAUUGCAGCAGAUCGAAGCGGCCUCAGCAAGAUCUUUGUCUAAUUAUACUUCGCUAGGUUCGGGUCUAUGGAUGCCAGAGGCGGCAAGGCUGGCCCUUCUAAGGCAAGACAUCGACGGGCGAUCGGAGCGCAUUAAGCGCGUCUUGGGCCACUCCGACAUACGAAGGGAAAUUUUCGACGAUAUUCCUGACGAAGAAAAGAAGGUAGUGAAGGCUUUCAUCAGUCAAAAUCAAGAAACCGCUUUGAAAACCAAACCGAAGGGCUACAGUUCAGAGAACAAGAACAUCGAACUACUCCGACUGCGCUCUUUCACGCUCAAUAAGCAACUCCGUGACGAGGAUCUGUUGGGCCCAGAAGCGCUAGACAGGAUUGCGAGUAUUAUCGGAAUCAUGGUUCCUUUCGUCACAUACUUGAACAGCGUUGUGAUGCCUGAUCUGGACGAAAACGAGCAAAACGAUGACGAUGAGGAGCCGGAUGGAGGCAGUACUUCCUCGUAGGCAGAGCCAGGUCAGCUUGGGGACACGACUCAGCCAGAUAUCUACUUUUGCAGUUCAACCUCCCCAGGUUUACGCGCAAAGUCUUUCGACCAAUAACGCAAAUGUAGCCGUGAGGUUCAACCCCCCCCCUUUUUUUUAUUGUGCUUGAUUCAUUUCCUUUUGAGAGUCCAUGCCCAAUUGUUGGAACUACAUUAGAGACCAAUAUCAGGAGAUGUGGGAGGAAACAUU